AUGCCCUCCGCCCUGCCGCCCUCCGCAACCGGCAUACCCGCCGCUGGCCCCGACGACUCCGGCAACCCAAACCCGCAACCCGCCGACGCCAGCACCAAGCCCAAAUACGUCGUCUCGCAGUCCGGCCACGCCGCCCACCCGGACGACAUCAUCGCCUCCUGCCGUGCGCUGCAGGCGCACAUCGAGAAGAUGCAGGCGGACGCCGAGCGCGACCUGCGCGAACUCGAGGAGCGCAUCCAGGCGCGCGAGCUCGCCGAGAAGAGGCGCGUGGCGCCGGGCUGGCUUGACAGCGACGCGCGGCUGCUCGAGCCGGAGCGCGCGGGCGGCGAGGAGCUGCAGGAUGCGCAGACGAUGGCGGCGGGGCAGGCGGGCGCGAGCGAGAUGCCGGUGAAUGACCAGGGCGCGGAGCUAGAUCGGGUGUUUGGCGGGUUGAGUAUGAAGUGA